UUGUUGUUGUUGUUGUUGUUGUUGUUGUUGUUGUUGUUACUAACUUCUUUUGUUUCUGUUUAUGUACAUACAAUUACUUUGAUAAGAGUCUUAUUAGUAUUAUUAUCAUCAUCCUCCUCAUCAUCAUCACCAUUGUUGUUGUUGUUACCUAUUCAAUUUACACUUGUUAUUAUAUUGAAAUAUCUAUUCAAAAACGUGUUCAAUUCAGUGUUUUAUGUGCAUUGGUAAUCGAUUAUGCAGCAAAACAUUCAAACCACGUAAAAAUAUCUCAGAAACUAAUAAUAAUAAUACUACUAAUACAAGUAAUCAUAAUCCUACUAUUGGUAAUACUACUACUACUAAUAAUAAUAAUCAUGAUGUUAAUGGUAAACAAAAUGAAUUAUUACCAGAAACUGCUGCAACAUUGGGUAGUGGAGAUUUACGUUUAGCUGUUCGUUUACCUGAAGGUGAAGAUCUACAUGAAUGGAUUGCAAUAAAUACUGUAGAUUUUUUCAAUCAAAUUAAUAUGCUUUAUGGUACAUUAAUUGAAUUUUGUACGGAUGAUACAUGUCCAAUUAUGUCAGCUGGUCCAAAAUAUGAAUAUCAUUGGGCUGAUGGACAAACAGUAAAAAAACCAUUAAAAUGUUCUGCACCACAUUAUAUUGAUUGUUUAAUGAUAUGGAUUCAAAAACAAUUAGAGAAUGAAGCUAUAUUUCCAUCAAAAAUUGGUGCUCCAUUUCCACGUGAUUUUCUUAAUGUAGUUAAAGUGAUAUUAAAACGUUUAUUUCGAGUUUAUGCACAUAUUUAUUAUCAACAUUUUUCUGAAGUAAGAGAUUUACAAGAAGAAGCUCAUUUAAAUACAAGUUUUAAACAUUUUAUCUAUUUUGUAUUGGAAUUUAAUUUAGUUCAAAAACGUGAACUUGUUCCAUUACAACAUUUAAUUGAUUUAUUAACAACAAAUGAAUCUACUAUAAAUGAUGAACAUAACAGUAAUAAUAAUGAUAAUAGUAAUGGUUCUACAUCAUAUAAUUAUUCAUUACAUACAACUACUAAUGAUAAUAAUAUAAGUAGUAUAAUCAAUGAUAAUUAAAUAUUACAUAUCUCUAUUAGAUAUAAUAUAAGUAUAUAUAUAUAUAUAUAUAUAUAUAUAUAUAUAUAUAUAUAUACAUAUAUCUUUCAUAAUAAUCGUUAUCAUGGAUAACGACAACAAUCAUAAUCAUGAUUUAUGCCUUAAUCUAUUCUUAUAUUGACUUCUUGUAUUUGGUAUUCUAACGUUUGCAUGAACACUACCACAUAUAUAUUUUUUUCAUUUAUUCUAUAUGUAUAAGUUAGACUAAUAUUACAUUUCUGUUUGGUAUACCAAAAAUAAAACAAUAUAUUGUAUAUGUAUAUAUAUAUAUAAACAUUUUAGGUGUUGUGAAUAAUUACAAUGUGCUCAUUGGUGA